AUGGUUAUUCUCACUGGCAAACCAGCUCUUGUCUCCGCUAGCUCUGGUCGAGAUCCUCAAGGUAUUAUUAGCUAUGUGAAAGGCUUGUAUGAGAGUAAGAAGCUCGAUAAAGUGAUUGAUCCAAUGAUGAUGAAAGACAUCACAAGUGCUCAAAAGUUGAAGCUUGAAGAAUCUAUUGCACUUGCUCUGAGCUGCUGCAAGGAAAGAGAUGAAGACUGGCCGAAAAUGAUCCAAGUAGCUAAAGAACUCAAGCGGAUUCAAAGAUCGUUUUAG